AUGCUGCUCGUAUCGGCGUCGUCGUUCCGCGGCACCCAGCACGGCGCACAUCGUCAUCAUUCCGCCCACCAUCAGAGUAGUGCCCUCUACGGCGCAGGCACCACCACGCCCGACACGUCGAAUCUUUACCAGAGCCUCGGCAGCAUCAACCUCACCGUCAGCGCGAACAGCAACAACCCGUACGUUGGGGUACGCAUGACGCCGGAGGCGACGCUACUGCAGCCACAGUCGGUCGCGCAUGGCCGCAGCGCCGAGGCGGGCCCCCGCACCGCGGUGUUGGAGAUCAACAGGCAUCUGUCGUUCUAUGACGCCCAGCCACUAGAUUCGUCGCUGUCGCGGGAGUCGACCAAACACGAGACAAGGUUUAGAGAAGCGCAGCAGCCGUGGAUGGCAUCGACACUGCCGAUGCAGGUAGUACCGGUGUACGCGCACGGCUCGCGCCACAGCAACCAGCAGUCGUCCCCGGUCGCCGCCGCUCUGGGAGAGGCCAAUCGAAACCCCAGCGGCGCCACUCGCGCCGCCUCGGAGGGCUACGCCAGUAUGACGAACCGACCGCCGGGACUCAUGCCCACCGUGAUAAACCAAGUUGAGCGCACUUACCUAGAGCCUCGUUCCCCGGUGCUCACGCAGCAGCAGCAGCAAGAGCCCCACUCACUGCCUUCAUACAAUGGCACACCCCACGAGGGCUGGGUGCGGGACUACUCUCCCCACAGUGCAGUGCAGCAGCAGCGAGCACCGCCACAGCAGCGCUCUCUCCAUACUUCUCCGUCCUACGCGGCAGCCAUGCCAGCAGCAGGAUCGACAACCAUUUCCAUCCGCGGCACCAGCGCAAAUGACGCCAGCCGCACCCGCAGCGCUGCCUGCGACACGACACGGCAGUUCUCUCCCUUGCCCACCAUCGGGUUCGCGGUCUCGCCAGUGCCGUUGGUGGAGAUGGAGCCGGCACUCGACGACUACAGCAGCUCCAGCCUUACCAAAUCGAUUGCAGACGACGACUUGCAGCGUCAACAGGCAACCAUCCUUGCUCCGUCGCCCCAUCGCCUGAAUACGGCGGUGAGUCCUGCACGGCCGCGGUGCGCCACUCAAUCCCCGCUCGCAACGCCACCAUUCUACGGGGACGCGUGUGCCUGUGCGCUGGACUCGACGCAGACAGGCCUGCCGAGCGACACGGUACCCCAAUCCGCACCCGUCUCUUGUGGCACGGCCGCGGCACCGCUCUACUCACGCCAGCACAUCAGCAACGACGCAGGCGCGUGCUUGGCAGGCGCUGAAAAAGUUCAGGGCAACAGCGAUGUGCAUCUCCCACCUCAGCACAGCUACGGCGGAGCGUCGCCAGCGAAAGGUGUGCCGACGCAAACGCUGGCCGAGGCUGGCGCCUCUCAGGGCCGGCCCUUGCCAUGGGUGCAGCUCAUGCCUGCCGCUGCCACAAACGACAAGAGUGGCGCUGUGCAACCGCCCAAGGAGUGCCAUCCGCUGAGCGACGCACCGGCGUAUCGAGCGCAAGGCGAGAACGACGUCGACGACACGGACGAGGAUGGGAAGGGUGGCGGCGACGACGAGGACGGCUCUCUCACUGCACCAGAUGCUGCGCAGAGGACGAAGAAGCGCGUGCGUCGCAACCGCAAGCCAAAGGCACUGGAGGAUCUGCCUCCGGUCACGUCCAUGAGGUAUCUCCCGCCACCGCCACCGCCACCACCGGCGUUGCCGACACAACCCGGCCCUACAGGCGCUGCAGCUAACGACGUGUCGUCGUCUUCCGCGUUCGACAGGUACUACGCAGUCCUGCUGCGGUGGUACACGCGCCUGCUCGCCGACGAAGCCGACUUUGUGGAAAUCGCCACCGCAACUAGCUUCGAUGCCGGCACGGCGGUAGCCGCAAUGAGCGCGGUGGCACGUCAGGCCCGCGACGGCAGCUACGCCGAGGAUGAUAAGCUGUCGUCUGCCGGUCCACUGCAGCACCUGGACUCCGGCCCCAUCAGCUUGCCUAUGAGCUCUAUUUCUCCGUCGCUCAUGUCGAAGCCGUCGCCUGCUUACUUUGGCAGCAGCGGUGGCGGCAAUGGCAGCAACGCUGAGGUGCAUGUUCGAUGCCCCCGUAUUGAGCAGUACAUGGACGCGUGCGACAUUCCGGCCGAGCUGCGUCUCUUCCCUACCCCCAACACCACAGGGACGCAGGCAACUGGCGCUGCCCCGGCGGCGCUGCCGCAGUCCGUGAAGGACGUGCCGAGCGCGGUGCGUUGGGCGCGCGACCUCGAGAUGUGGUGGUUCUGCUACGUCUUCCCGCACGCGGCGCACACGCGUCACCAGUCGCCUGCUGCGCGGCCGCAGAUGCAGCCGGCCUCCAUGUCCCCCAGGGGUCUCACCAUCCCGCACACAGGCUCUGGUGGAGUCCUGCAGAACUAUCCCUACGGCUGGUCAACCACAAUGCCGCAGCCGAUGAUGAUGAUGAACUCCAUACCGGAGGUAUACGGCGCGCAUGACAGUGCCGCGAUGGGCAGUGGUCAUCCCACGAUUGCGAACAGGGUGUGCUCACCAGUCGGUGAGCACAUGCCCAUGCAGCACCAGAUGCCGCCCCCUCCACCGCCGAUGCCGUCAGGAUAUUCAAAAGGCCUGCACUCAAUAUACUGA